AUGUCUUACACCAUCACUACCCGCAUCUACCAGACCAACCCCAACGCCUGGUUCACGACUGUAGAAAAGACGGUCUGGAACUACGCCAACGGCGGGACCUGGAGCGAAGUCGGCGAGAAACAAGUCCUCACCAUGGGCGGUAGCGGAACCUCCGGAAUUCUUCGUUUCAAUUCCGGCAGCGAGUACUUCAUCGUGGCACUCGGUGUGGACAACUCCAAGCGCUGGGUCGACGUCGCCACGGGCCUCACCUCGAGCCAGACCGCUACGGAUGCCCAUAAGGACUACUACACGGGUGGGACGACGCGUGCUGCAGUCAGGGAGAAGCAGUUGGACAAGUUUGAUGUGAAGAGCGCGACCGGGAGGCAGAUUCAGGUCAAGUAUACUGUUGCUGAGGGGAACAACCUCGCGGCAGAUAUCAUCAUUGGUUGA